GCAGUGACGCUCGCCUGUCCGUCGGUGAGCAUGAAAAAACUUUCUUUUCUUUCUUUUUGACAGUAAAGAACCGCAAGAACAAAGCCGCAGAGCUUUGACCAUCUCAGUCCCUUCUUCCAGACCAUGCCCCACGACCCCGACCCUCCUCCGGCUAAAAAAUUCAAGCCGGGCUCAGUGUUUUUCCGCCUCGAUAAGAAUAAACCUGGAAUGCUGCUGCCUAGAAAGGGGAAUGCAACCACUCCGAUAGAAGUCCAGAGGAAACAGCUGCCCAUCUACCAGGCCAAACCCCAGCUGCUGAACCAACUGAGACAGCUUCACAACGCUAUUCUGAUCGGGGAGACCGGCUCUGGGAAGACCACUCAGAUCCCUCAGUAUCUGUACGAGGCCGGCAUCGGGCGACAGGGUGUGAUUGCCAUCACUCAGCCCCGUAGAGUUGCUGCGAUCUCACUGGCAGGACGGGUGGCAGAAGAGAAGAGGACUCAACUCGGAAAGCUGGUUGGUUACACGGUGCGUUUUGAGGAUGUUACCUCCGCUGAGACGAAGCUGAAGUUCAUGACAGAUGGCAUGCUCCUGCGUGAGGCCAUCGGAGACCCCUUGCUGCUGCGCUACACCGUGGUGGUCCUGGAUGAAGCUCACGAGCGCACCGUGCACACCGAUGUGCUGUUCGGUGUGGUUAAGACCGCUCAGCGCAGGCGCAGAGAGCUCAACAAGGUUCCUCUCAAGGUCAUAGUGAUGUCAGCCACGAUGGAUGUGGAUUUGUUCUCCGAGUACUUCAACAAGUCGCCCGUGUUGUACCUGGAGGGGAGGCAGCAUCCCAUCCAGAUCUACUACACCAAGCAGCCCCAGUCAGACUACCUGCAGGCUGCACUCAUCUCCGUCUUCCAGAUCCACCAGGAGGCACCUCCGUCCCAUGACAUCUUAGUCUUCAUGACGGGCCAGGAGGAGAUCGAGGCCCUGGCGAGGACAUGCCGGGACAUCGCCAAGCAUCUGCCGGAUGGCUGUGGCCCCAUGGUAGUUAUCCCUUUGUAUGCAUCGCUGCCCCCAGCACAGCAGCUCAGGGUCUUCCAGCCAGCUCCCAAGGGCUGCAGGAAGGUCAUCCUUUCAACCAACAUCGCUGAGACGUCAGUGACAAUCUCUGGGAUCAAAUACGUCAUAGACACGGGGAUGGUGAAGGCCAAACGCUUCAAUCCAGACAGCGGUCUGGAGGUGCUGGCGGUGCAGCGGGUUUCUAAAGCACAAGCGUGGCAGCGAGCGGGCCGAGCCGGCAGGGAGGACUCGGGCUCCUGCUAUCGUCUCUACACCGAGCUGGAAUUCGACAACUUUAUCCCCAUGACUGUGCCUGAGAUCCAGAGGUGUAACCUAGCUGGUGUGAUGCUGCACCUCAUGGCUCUGGGCAUUCCAGAUGUGAUGAAUUUUGAUUUCAUGUCCAAACCUUCCCCUGAGGCCGUGCGGUCUGCUGUGGAGCACUUGGAGCUGCUGGGAGCUCUGGAGAGGAAGGAGGGGCAGGUUUUCCUCACUGCUCUGGGAAAGAAGAUGGCCAGCUUCCCUCUGGAGCCCAGAUAUGCCAAGACCAUCCUGUUGUCCCCGGACUACUCCUGUUCCGAGGAGGUUUUGAGCAUUGUGUCGCUGCUGUCAGUGGACACGGUUCUGUACAACCCUCCAGCCCGGCGGGAGGAGGUGCUCGCUGCACGCAAGAAGUUCACUUCCAGCGAAGGAGACCACAUGACGCUGCUCAACAUUUACAGAGCGUUCAAGAAAGUCAGCGGUAACAAGGAGUGGUGUCGGGAGAACUUUGUCAACGGCAGGAACAUGGGUCUGGUGAAAGAGGUCCAGGCUCAGCUCAGAGAAAUCUGCCUUAAGCUGAAUCUGAAGCUGGAGUCGUGCGGGGCGGAGACGGGGAACGUCCGCCGCUGCCUCGCCCACGGGAUGUUCAUCAACGCUGCGGAGCUGCAGCACGACGGCAGCUAUUUGGCUCUGGACACCCACCAGCCCGUGUCCAUCCACCCCUCCUCCGUCCUUUUCCAGGCCAAGCCAGCGUACGUGGUGUUCAAUGAGCUGCUGCACACGUCCCGCUGCUACAUGAGAGACCUGUGUUUGGUCGACGCCGACUGGCUGCUGGACGCGGCGCCAGAGUACUUUGGCCGCAAGCUCCACCUCACGAAGAGCUAACCAAUGGAGAAACAGGACGCCUGCCACAAAAACACAGUGUACUCUUUGGAUUAAGGCACUUUUAUUGCAAGCCAGAACAGAACAUUUCUCUGGAUUCCACUACCUCCCAGUUGACGAGCAUCUGGCAUGUGUCACUGCAGCAGAAAUCUGCAUAUUGAGGCCUCACAACUCCAGACUCAUUCAGAUUUUAUAAGCUGAACUUCUUCUGCCUGACAGCGUUUCAUCUCAACGUUCGGCCACGUCUGACACCUAAACGGGAGAUUCUUUUUAAGGCGUCGUGCUUCAGUUCUUUCAGCGUUUGCAUGCAUUUUAACAGUAACUUCACUGGAGCACAGUCAGCACAGGACUUUAAGAUCUUCAUGUGUUCAUUUUACAAAAUAUUGUACUUUACUUGUUAAGCCACCUGCCGAGCAGCGCUACAGCUGACUGGAUAGUGGCUGUUUUUUUUCAAAUUCAUUAUGAAUUAUAGUGAGGACUGCCUCCAAAAAUAUGAGCUUUUCUCCAAGAAAAGCAGUCGUUGUCUUAAACUUUGCCACCACGUAGUUUUGGGUUUACACAAACGGAUCUGAAAAGGUUUUCUAUAUGCAAAGACAGUAGAUUUGUCUGACGAGAAAAACACCAAAGUUCAAUUUAAAAUCUUCUAUUUUCACAUCACAGUGACGUAAUUUCAGUUCACUAGUCUACAUCGCAGCACUUGGCUGGUUAGCUUGUGCAUGCUCUUAGUUUUCCCAUCUACAGCCGUGUCCUUCUCCACAUAACGUGCACGUCAGGAGAAGCAGCAUGCCUUAUUCUCCGGGUUCUGCUCUUUGCUGUUGUGUGUCGCACAGAUCUUUGCUUGGCCCCAACACACACCAACCACACAUGUAUACUGACAGCAGACGUAUGCGAUGCAUGGAGAUUAUAGUCAACGAUCUGAUCGCUCAGGUCCUCCACACUUUGUAGAAUGUAAGUCACGUCGUGUCGAGGAAUCGGAUGGAUGCUCCUCUUGUCUUUUUCUACACUGGACUCAGGACUGUAAAUUAUAAACAGAAUAAAUUACAUGAAGAGUUUCUUACUUUGCAAUCAAACGCAUCCGAGGUUGCUGUAGAGAGAACUGUUAGACUUUGCUGUAUUUUCUGUCACUGAAGCUCUUAGAAAUCAUCUGGCCCAUGUGGUUUAUAAGUGCACCAUUUAAGAUCUGCAUGUACUUUACAUGCUUGCAUGUCGUUUAUAAGAUCAAAUGCACGCCUUUGAUGAGUAUACGAUUUGUUAUAGUCUUAUAUAACCACACUUGUUAUAAUUUCUAAUAAAAACCU